AUGCCUAGAGAUCCAUUGAUUGGUAUUGUGGGUAAGCCAUCUUCUGGUAAAUCCACCACGUUAAAUUCUUUGACUGAUGCAGGUGCGGCAGUAGGAGCGUUCCCCUUUACUACUAUCGAACCUAAUCAGGCCACUGGCUACUUGCAAGUUGAGUGUGCUUGUUCCAGAUUCGGUAAGGAGGAUCUUUGUAAACCUAACUACGGUUGGUGUAGCAAUGGUAAGAGGCAUAUCCCCAUCAAACUGUUGGACGUAGCGGGGCUUGUUCCUGGAGCGCAUUCUGGGCGGGGACUUGGAAAUAAAUUCUUGGAUGAUUUGAGACACGCAGAUGCUCUGAUCCACGUGGUGGACGUUAGUGGGACGACAGACGCAGAGGGAAAGAAUACAAGAGGUUAUGAUCCAUUGAACGAUAUAGAAUGGUUGCAAGAUGAGAUCAGGCUAUGGGUCGAAGGGAACCUGAAGAAAAGAUGGGGGUCCAUUGUGCGUAAACAUACGGCAACGAAAUCCAGCAUAGUGGACACACUGCAAGCGCAAUUCGGUGGGUAUGGUUCGCAUGCGCCCAUGAUCCAAAAAGCACUGGACAGAUUGAAGGGAUUACCACCUUUGGAAAAAUGGGAUGACGAAUGGAUCACUCGAGUGGUCAAGUCCUUUAUGGUGGAAAAAUUCCCCACAGUAUUAGCGCUUAACAAGAUCGACCACCCAGACGCUGAUAAGAACGUUUCUAAAAUCAUGUUAAAGUAUCCUGACACCAAAGCUGUGCUGACCAGCGCGGUGACAGAAGUGUUUUUGAGGAAAUUGAAAAAGCAAGGUUUCAUACUAUAUGAUGAGGGCACAGAGUUCGUUGACACGUAUGAGGACGAACCAGAAAAACUGAAGCCACUGGAUGACAAACUUCUCAAUAGAAUUGAGAAUAUAAGAGACCUGGUCCUGUAUAGGUUCGGAUCUACGGGUGUUGUUCAGGUGCUGCAAGCGGCUACAGACAUUCUUGGACUGAUACCGGUGUACACUGUGAAGAACAUCCAGACUUUCACCGGAGGCAAUGGAACCAACGUGUUUAGAGACUGUUUCUUGGUUAAAAGAGGAACCCCUGUUGGUAAAGUCGCCAGGUACAUUAUGGGUGGCGAGGUAACCAUUGCAAGCAUCGAAACUGUUGGUGGCGUAAGAGUUAGUGAAGAAAGUCUUGUUGAGCCCGGUAAAAAUGAUAUACUCGGUUUCAAGAUUGCUCCAAGAUCAGCAUAA